AUGGUAGCAAGAGCAGCAGGAAUUGCAAUUUUUGUAUUAUUUAUUGCUAGAAACAUAAGGAGGAUGACCAAGUCGAGUCUUCCUGGAAGACGGUGUCUGCUACUGAUAGCACAUCCAGAUGAUGAGUCUAUGUUUUUUGCACCUACAUUGCUGAGUCUUGGAAGAGAUGUAGACAUACUUUGCCUUUCGAAUGGAAAUAAAUAUGGGAAGGGAAAGAUCCGAGAGAAGGAGCUCAAGAAUGUUGCAGAAUCUGUACAGGCUCGUGUGACAAUAUCCUCAUUUUCUGAUGGUGGCGAUUGGAGCAAGACAAUGGUUUGCAUGUAUAUUGCCAAGCACUACUUAUUAAGGCCAUUUGAUGUGCUAAUCACAUUUGACAAGUACGGUGUUUCUGGGCAUAAAAACCAUAUAUCAUGCUAUGAAGGUGCAAGAUUGUUUCUCAGGACAUUCAAAAUUCAGGGCCUGUGUCUAGAGUCCAAAGGAAUAUUCAGAAAGUAUUUUAUUGAUAUAAUUGCAGGUAAAAUAUCAUGCGCAGUUCCGUUCAAGAUGUACAUGAAGCCGGUGAAAAUGAUGCUCAUGCAUGAAUCGCAGAUGGAGUGGUAUAGGUACAUAUAUGUGUUUCUUUCUAAUUUUAUGUCAUACAACGACUUCAGGAAGAUUGGGUAA